AUGGCGAAAUCGUUGAGCCUGCAUCUUCUCCUCCACCUCCGCCGCCCCACACCGAUGCAAACUUAUUCGACGACGCCGCUCCGCCUCCUCUCCGCCCGGCCGAAACCCCUAAACCACGCGUCCUCAAAAUUAUUAUCCACCACCGCCACACCAUACCCGCUCCAAUACGAAAUGAUAGUCACCCGCCCCGCCGCCGACAUCCCCCGGAAGCAACCCAUCAGGCGCCGCUCACCGGCCGCCCUCCCCAUACCCCAAGCCGGAGACUCCGGCCCGGACCCGGACACGGGUUUCGAAGCCUGGGUCGACCAAAGGCUUUCCAGCAAAGGCACCGAAAGUGACAGCAGCAGUAAAACAGAACCGGUGGUGAUGGACAAGGCCAAGAGAAGGUAUUACAACAAACGGAGGAAGAGAAUGUACGGGGAAUCUGAUUCCGACGAGGAAAGCGGCCGCCGGGGGAAAUCCGGCGGCGAUUUCAUCGAGCUGAAGCAGGAGGUCGUGGAGCUGCACUCCGUGCACAAGCGGGAGGAGGAAUUGUACUUCCACGAUGCGUUUGCUUACCCUUGGGAGAAAAACAAGCACUACAAGAUGGUUUAUCAGCUGGAGAAGAAGUACUUUCCCGACCAGUGCUUCGAUAAUGCAUUUCUCGACCCGGGAAAGCCGAACCAGAAACAGGGGAGGAGGAAGAAAGAGGAGGCUAAGAAAGAAGUUGGGGGUGAAGAUAUGAAAGCAGCAGGCGAGGAUGAUAGAGGGUUGGUGUUUUUCGAGGAGAGUGAGAAGGAAAAAAAGGAACUGCGUGUUGAGGAUGUUACAGAGAAGAAAGUGGAGGAUUUCUUCAAGUGUUUGAAGAAAUUCCCCAAUGAGUCCGGUGGGGAUGCAGCUGAAGCUGCAGACCCGUUUCUCUCGACAAGAAAAGUCGGGCUUCCGCCUAAAUGGGACGGGCCGUAUGGGACUGUGGUUCUGGUGAACAAGCCUAAAGGUUGGACUUCAUUUACAGUUUGUGGAAAGCUUCGGCGCCUGGUUAAAGUAAAGAAGGUUGGCCAUGCUGGAACGUUGGAUCCUAUGGCAACCGGUUUAUUGAUUGUAUGUGUUGGUAAAGCCACAAAGGUAGUCGACAGAUAUCAAGGCAUGAUAAAGGGUUACAGUGGGAUAUUUCGCUUAGGGGAAGCUACCUCAACCUGGGAUGCUGAUUCGCCUGUCAUCCAAAGGGAGCCUUGGGAAGAUAUUAAGGACGCAGAUAUAAAGAAAGCUGCAGCAUCCUUUCGUGGGGAGAUAUGGCAAGUCCCCCCAAUGUUCUCUGCUAUCAAAGUUGGAGGGGAGAGGAUGUAUGAGAAAGCUAGAAAAGGAGAAAGCAUUGAACUUUCACCUAGAAGGAUUUCAAUCUUCAAUUUUGACGUUGAACGAAGUUUAGAUGACAGGCAAAAUGUGAUUUUCCGGGUAACUUGUUCGAAAGGAACAUAUGUUCGAUCUCUUUGUGCUGAUUUUGGGAAGGCUCUCGGCAGUUGUGCACAUUUGACGGCCUUGCGUCGGGAUUCAAUUGGUGAAUAUUCAGCUGAUGAUGCAUGGGAAUUUCAGGAGUUGGAAGAGGAAAUUACCAAAGGAUAUAUGUAG